AUGCUCUCCGUACUCCGCCGCAAUCUCCAAAACCUUCGCAAGAGCCCUCGCGUGGCUGACGAGAGCGACUUGGCAUCGACUUCCGUUAACAUUAACGGCGGAGGAACAGGAAUAGCUGACGGAAGACGAGACGGGAUUAACGCUGUUAUCAUGCGCUUCCCGUUCUCGAUCAUCUCGUGCUUCGCGGUACCGCGUGUUAACGGGACUGAUGGACUGUGGAUGUCCGGAGAUUAUGCCAGUGGCUCUGAGGUUAACCAUCUCAUGGUUAGUGAUGGCAUGAGAUACGCCAUUUUGAUGUAA